CAAAUCCUUACUUGAGCCGCGGCCAACCCCGGAACUCGCCCGAGUUCGGAUGGCCGUGGCGGCCCUAAGAAAGGCCAAGGCCAAAAUGUUACUUGGGAUGGUACCGAUUAUAUUAGAAGGUCUUACAUAUGUGACACCCCGAUUAAAAAGAUAACCGCGGCAAAAUCGUGCACUCUCGCCUUAUCUGCGGAAAGAACUCUUUACUUUUGUAGAACGGUGUCCGAAGACAGUGCAGUAUGGGAGGCGGCACCAAGGUUCAAAAACAACGUCCAAGACAUCGCAACCUGUUGGACGGAAAACGUUUUGGUCGCCGAGGGGAAGGAUGGCACCCACGUCGCCCGAAAUUUGACCACUGGCAAGUUCUCAUCUUCAAAAUUGGCUUCGGUGGACGAAUAUUUUGCCGAGCUUUGUCAAAAAAGCCACCGCACGAUUGGGAUGCCAAGUCGAAUUAGGCCAAUCGGGAAGGGCACGUUGGGUCAGGAAAUUGCCAACUUGUGGAGAACCAAGAACGAUGUCGACGUUACAUUUUCCGUGGAGGAGAAAACCAUCACGGCCCACAAAUUAAUUCUGAAAUCAAGAAGUGAUUACUUCGCAAAAAUGUUUAGCAACGAAUGGAAGGAAACUGAAGGAUCCGUGAUUAAGAUCGAGAACACUGAAUACGUUACUUUCGAAGCCUUCCUCUUCUACUUGUACCACGACAAGGUCAACUUUUCGGAGGAUGAGUACGAAAACAUUUUUGACCUCAUGAAGUUAGCGGACUCUUAUUGCGCCACCAACGUUGCGCGAGACUGUGAGAAGAUUCUGAUCCGCGGGAUUAACACGGAAAAUGCAUUCUUCCUCGCUCGACGCGCUCCCGCCGUGAAUGCUAUGAUUUUGAAGGGGAAGGUGACAAGAUUUAUUGUGGAGAAUUGCACCCAUCUCAACGUAGGUCAAUUGUGGCCUCAAGAGCUGAUUGAGAUGAUUGGACAGGAAGCCUUCAGAAAAGUGUUGAUGGCGCGACCUGAGCCGUCAUGAAGGUUGGGCUUUGAGUAA